AACAUUGUAUUCUGCAUCUGUAACGAAGAACGAAGAGCUAUAAUCCGUACCGUAGUUUGCUCAGCUGAGUUUUGUUUACCAUCGCCGCAAGACCUUAGCGGCGGGCCCCCAAGAAUAUUAUCCAUCAACAUCCAUGACAUCGUGUGACUUCAGGAGAUCAACAGAAUGAGUUUUGGUUUCAAGAAUAAGAGGAGGCACUUUGAUAAUGAUGAAGAAUACGGGUGCAGGAGGAACUACCAUGAUGACAGAGAGAAGAGAUCAGGGCCUGGGGGAUGGAAGGCCCCUCGGAGAGAAGCUCAGGGGAAGAAGAAGAAGUGGGAGGGAGAAUUGAUUGAACAGUUUGAAGUUGUGGAGAGCCCAGACAAGCCUCGCAAGUACACGGUGAGCAUAGCUGUGCCAGCAUCCAUCCUUGUGGAGACGUGCAUCAAGGACAGCCUCCGCACCUACGUUGUGGGCCAGAUAGCACGUGCCGCCAACAUAUACUCUGUCGAUGAAAUUGUUGUGUAUGAUGAUAAGUGUUGGAAGAAGGACAUCACCAGUAAAGCUGAAAUUGAAGACUUUAUUGAGAUGAUGCAGGUGUUGCUGGAGUAUCAGGAGUGCCCACAGUAUCUGAGGAAGCACAUGUUCCAGUUUCAUCACCACCUUAAGAAUGUUGGAGUCCUCAAUGCCCUCAACUCCCCACAUCACCUGCGGGUCAACCAGUGGUGUGAAUACAGGGAAGGUGUGGUGCUGGAAAAGAGUAACAAGUCUGUAUCGUACGUGGACAUUGGUCUUAGUACAGAUGUUUCCAUCAACCAAGCCCUGCAACCUGGCCUGAGGGUUACAGUCCAGCUGCCACCUGAGGCGCAGGAGAUGAAGCGGCCAUACGGGAGUGUGGUGUCUCCCAAUGAGCCAAGGGAGAAGGCUGGCUAUUACUGGGGCUACACAGUCCGGGUAGCAAACUCUCUCUCUGAGGUUGUUGCUGGCAGCAGAUUUCCUGAUGGCUAUGACCUCUUGAUUGGAACAUCAGACAAAGGAGAGGAUGUAAGGAAAGUCACCUUCCCAGAGUUCACACAUGCUCUCAUUGUCUUUGGAGGUGUCGAGGGUUUGGAAUCUGCCAUUGAAGCUGACACAGACCUUGAAGCAACAGAACCCAGCCACCUCUUUGACUUCUACGUGAACACCUGCCCUCUGCAGCAGACCCGCACAGUACGCACAGAGGAGGCAGUGCUCAUCUCCCUUUGUCAGCUGCAGGACAAACUAAUUGGUGCACAGUAAGCAUUGGUGAGGCUCCUGUUGGUGUGUCUGAUUUUGUCCGCUGUGGGUUCUUCUCCUUCCCUUAAUAAGGUAUUCUUUGUAUGAAGGCUAAUUCUGAAGUGAACUACACAAUGGGGAUUGUAUUUUAGACCUUAUUCACUAUAAGCAUCAGUGCCUUUAACUCCAGGAUAACUUCUCCAUGUCCAGCCUCUUAGUUUGUAUCAAAUCACCCAUCAUCAGUGUUCCUACUAGGGAUCUAUUUUCUUCCACAUUCAGAGAUAUCUCAUUUUCCCAUUUUGCAUAUUGCUCUUCAUUUCCAAACACAUUCUUAUUCUUCCUUUUUUUUAAUUAAGGCCUGGAAUAUUUGUAACACUUCAGGGCAUUUCCACUUUUUAUCAAAAUUGUUGUAGUGAGCUGGAAUUUUUACAUACUAAGCUAGGUAAUAUCACAAUAUUUGAGGCCAAGUUUGAAGGUGAUGGCAACAGAAUUUUCCUCAUAAUAUAUAUAUUUUUUUAAAUCUGACAUGUUUUGGAACAUUUUUGAUAAUGCUACUUUACUAUUUACAGUUUUAUUUAAUUAAUGAAUUAAUUGAUUGAUUGAUUUUUAUUUUUUGUUUCUCUAGUAAACUUGAUCCCUAUACUAAAUCCUCAUGAGUUUUCAUAGAUGGCUUCAUAAUAUAUAUAUAUAUAUAUAUAUAUAUAUAUAUAUAUAUAUAUAUAUAUAUAUAUAUAUAUAUAUAUAUAUAUAUAUAUAUAUAUUAUUUAUUUAUUUUUUAUGUAGGAAGGACACUGGCCAAGGGCAACAAAAAUCCAAUAAAAAAAUAUGCCCACUGAAAUGCCACUCCCAUGAAAGGGUCAAAGCAGUGGUCAAAAACAAGUGUCUUGAAAUAAGUGUCUUGAAACCUCCCUCUUGAAGGAAUUCAAUUCAUAGGAAGGUGGAAAUACAGAAGCAGGCAGGGAGUUCCAGAGUUUACCAGAGAAAGGGAUGAAUGAUUGAGAAUACUGGUUAACUCUUGCGUUAGAGAGGUGGACAGAAUAGGGGUGAGAGAAAGAAGAAAGUCUUGUGACCCAGCACCAUCAGGGCAGAGUCUAUGUUGCUGGUUGUUCUUCUCGGUGAGAUGAAAGAAACUUGACCAUUUGUUUUUCCUCAUCUCUUCCUCACAGUUGUUCUUUUCUAGACUGCCUUGCCGUGAUAAGAGAAGAGCUUGUCAGAUAUAUGGUCUGUCAGAUUCUUGCUGCCUCCAAGGGCAUUCAUUGUUUUGCCAGCCUUGUUGGUGAUAGUGGUGUAAUGCUGCUGCUUCAGCUGGCAAAGACAAGUCCCCAUGUGUUUGCAGACAUGGCUUACGCACUCCUCCUUUAUGUCAGGGUAAUCAUAAGGACCAGUUCCAUUUUGUAGCCUUGUGACGGCGUUGAAGGCAGAGGAAUCACCGUAACCAAUAAAUGUGACAUAGAGGAAACCCAGCUGUGUUUACCUCUGCUACAUCCUCACAGCUCCCAUCAUAGUUCUUUUGACACUUGUGUUUGGUGCAGUAAUUGCACAGCACCUCGAAGUCCACCACCACCCUGGUGUCAGCUUCAAUGACAAAUCUGAUACCAAUGUGCAACUUGUGGUCUCUUGGUAUCCAGGUCCCAUCAUAUCAGACAUCAGUGUUGAUCACACCAGACACCUCCCUACCCUGCUGCCUGUUGUGGUUCUUGAUGGUCUGGUGUGCUUCCUCUAUGAUCUAGUGGUAGUGUGUGUUCAUUGUGUAAAAUACGUAGUCCACAUAACUGUGGUACAUCUUGCUCAAGAUUGAGGACAUUUGCAGCAUACCUAUAUAGUGGUCGAAUUCUGUAUGUUCCAUGGUUUUUGAUGAGGGUGUGGUAUAUAAUACUGAGACUGACCUCUGUGAACUCUGGCUUGCUAGGUUACGCUGUAGGGACAUGAGUGUGUACGUCACCACAGUUACACUCAAUGACCACACUGCUCUCUAAGCCUCCAUUCGACACCUUUGCGCUGACAUGUGUCCCACAGGUGUUGCAGGCCAGGCGUUGUAAAAUACUUACCAAGUCAACGACUUUCAAAAGCAUAUGCUCUGCUUUCUUGUCCGUAGUGACAGCUCUGGGAAUGACAGUUGGUCAUGUCAACUUGGCAGCUGGUGGUGUAUCACAGCCUAAAGAGCUGCCAGAAACAGGUGGUGGUGUGUCAAGCAAUGGAGCACUGCCAGUAACAGGUGUUGGUGUGUCAGGCAAUGAAGAGCUGUCAGACAGGAGCAGUGAUGGAAGAGAUGGUGGAAUGGGCCAUGGCAGGAGUGACAUGUAUCAGCUAACUCUACUGCUCUUCCUUGUGUUUCUCUCUUUCUUCUUUCCUGACUCUCAUUCAGCUUCUUUAUUCUUUUUUUGCAUAGCAAGUGAUUUCUUUGAAGCCUUCAGCAUCACAGAUAAAGUGAAUGCAAGGUAUUGUAGCAGAAAAAAGCGGAAGUAUAGCGUCCCACUGCUGAUCAACUGUCUUCUGUGAAACUGAAAGCGUUUGUAUUUCUUACAACAUGGCGACUGCUAAGCUCUGCCCACAGAUAUAAGAUCUCAUAUUUUAUGGAAAAAAAAAUGCUUGAAAGAUAUCUAUAUGAGUGAAGGUGGCACGCUUGAGCAUCGACGACCACGGUGCAAGCUGGCGUGGGGUCCAGUAUGGUCAGUUUUUACAGAUAUGAUGAAGUUAUGAGAGUAUCUUGUUUACCGUAGUAUGCCAUAGAUCCUCAGUGAACCAAAAAGCACUAAAACAGAAAACAAAAUUUUUACCCUAAACUAGGGAAAAAAAAAAAAUGUGAAAAUGCCACUCUUAAUUCAUCAUAGAUCUCUAGUUUCUUGCUCUUUAUACACACCUCUCAACUGUGUUUUAGUCUUCUUAUAAUAAUGUUAGGAAGAUUGUGUCUUCUGCCCGAGUUUGUUGCAAAACAUGUCACAACCACAUGCCAGUAUAGCUAGUAAUAAAGUAUAUAUUGUAUUUUGCAUCUUGCAGCUGCAGAUGGUUGUUCACACGCACACACCUUGGACUCCAAACACACACACACACACACACACACACACACACACACACACACACACACACACACACACACACACACACAGAGGACUUAAUAAGCACGAUUCAUUCUUGUAAAAAUAGAGUUAAGUAGAUACGUAUAAAUAGAAGAUGCUUCAUGAGUCCUGUGUUUAUUUUUGUAUUGUUAACAUGUACAAAAUAAAUAGACUUCAUAAAA